AUGCCGAAACGCAAAACAGGACAACGUAAAAAAGCUGAAAAACAAAAAGAACGACAGAAAUUAUUACAAUCAGCUUUUUAUCAUAAACAAUUAGUUGAAUGGCCUUGUAAUUUUCUUAUGGAUUGUGAUAAAUGCAAAAAACAACAGAAAAAUCGUGCAUUCUGUUAUUUUUGUCAAGCAUUACAAGCAUUGCCUGUAUGUGCACAAUGUGGAAAACAAAAAUGUCUAUCGAAAACAGGUGAUUGUCUUGUUAAACAUGGAAAUGUGCAUGCUACAGGUCUUCAAUUAGUGGGAGGUAUUUGUGAUUAUUGUGAAGCAUGGAUAUGUCAUUCAAAAAAAUGUUUAACAACACAUCCAUGUCAAUGUCCAUUACAAAAUGGUGAUUGUAUUGAAUGUAAUCGAAGUGUUUGGGAACAAGGUGGACGAGUUUUUCAAUGUUCAUUUUGUGAUCAAUUUCUUUGUGAAGAUGAUCAAUUUGAACAUCAAGCAUCAUGUCAAGUAUUAGAAUCAGAAAAUUAUAAAUGUGCAUCUUGUAGUAGACAUGGUCAAUGGUCAUGUUUAAGAUGUAAAGUAUGUUAUUGUGACGAUCAUAUUAAGCGACGUGGUUUUAAAUAUGCUCAAGGUGAAGCAUUUCCAUGUCCUAAAUGUAAUUUUCCAACAAAAGAAACGAAAGAUUUAUCAAUGUCAACUCGUGCUUAUGGUUAUGGUAGAAAACUUCAAAAUGAUUAUGAAGAUGAUGAAGGUGAUGAUGGUGAUGAUGGUUUAGGUCUGAAUAGUGGUUGUGAUUAUUUUACACGUGGUGAAGGUAGUCGAAAUUUUACGUUUGGUGGAAAAACUAUUGAAGAUCGAGCACCAAGAGAUGAAGAGGAAGAGGAAGACGAUGAAAGUGAUGAAGAUGAAGAUGAAGACGAAGAAGAAGAAGAAGACGAGGAAGAGAACGAAGAAGAAGGAGAAGAAGACGACGACGACGAAGAAGAUGAUGAUAAUGAUGAAGAAAAUAUUGAAAAACCUUCCAAUCAAGGAAGUUAG